AGGUGGUAGAAACUCUCGAUAGAGACAGUAAUGAAGAUGAGAUUUAAAAGCUGUUUUUUCAUCCUAGUCACGAUGUGUUCAGGCAAACUCUUUGCAGAAGCACAGGAUACUCAUGCUUCUGGAUGAAAUAAAGAGUAAAAUAAAUGUGUCCUGCAUCAGUUUUGCCCAGUUCACAUUAGGAAGUUUCAAUCUACAGCUGAUAUUCCUGUGAACCUAAAGAACAAAAGCUGAUAAAACUGUAAUAUAUCUUAAUUUCAUCAAGUCUUAAAAGGCUCCUCAUUCUUGUAAACCUUGUGACUUGCCACACAUAGAAAAUGGGAAGAUUGCCCAGUACUAUUACAGUUUCAAAAGUUAUUAUUUCCCUAUGCAUAAAGACAAAAAACUUUCCUAUUCCUGUAUGGUGGGUUAUACAACUGAAACUGGGACUCAAGAUGGAAGAAUAACUUGUACAGCAACAGGAUGGUCUCCAGUGCCACGAUGCUACAGAAAAUGUAGCAAGCCUUUUUUGGAAAAUGGCUUUUUUUAUGGCACAGAAAUGUACUUCAAAAUCCAUGAGAAAUUGCAAUACAAAUGUAAUCCAGGCUAUCACACUCCAAGCGGUGGUACUGAAGAUACAGUAGAGUGUCAACCAGAAGGAUGGUCCUUCCAGCCAAGCUGUACUGAAAAAUUUGAGUCAUGUCAAGUGCCCAAUUUACGUCACGGCCGCUACUUCACAGCCCAGAAGGAGCUUCGAGUGAACGAAACGCUGCUGUACCGGUGCGAUGAGGGAUAUCGUACAGCGGGAGGGAGCACUACAGAGGCAGCAGUGUGUCUGACAUAUGGGUGGGCCCUUACUCCAAACUGCACCAGAAUAACUUGCUCCUCUUUGAGUGCAGUAGCUCAUGGAGGUUUCUAUCCUGUGAAGAAAAUCUAUGAAGAGGGAGAUGUAGUUCACUUCUUCUGUGACAAACAUUAUUCUGUCACUGAAUUUGACUUAAUUCAAUGUUAUUAUUUCGGGUGGCAUCCAGACCCUCCUGUGUGUGAAGAUGUAAAAAAUAAAUGUCCUCCACCCCCACUUCCUCCUCAUGGGCAUAUCACCACAGUUAGAAGAACGUAUCAUAAUGGAGACAAAGUUCGUAUACAGUGCCAAAGGACCUUUGAAAUAAGAGGAUCUGAGGAAAUCCAGUGUGAAGAAGGAAAAUGGACACCACCCCCUAUUUGUAUUGGAGCUAUGGAUAAACAGGAGUCUGAAGCCCCACCAUCACUGAAGUCAGAUGCAGCAAUAAGGGCAAACAAAACAUAUGGCAGUGAAGAAAUGAGUAGGUGAACAUUCCUCUUCUAUUCA